UCUGCACACUGAAUGCAGCUGUGUUUGGCCACGUAAUGCCCACUGCCGCGAGCUAUGAGCAGUUGGUUCAGCAAAGCAUCAGCGCGGGCACCGCCUACACUUGCAUGCUCUACGGACUGAGUCCUUGGCUAUAUAAUUCGCACUUUGCGGUGCCCAGGCGGCACAUACGCUAUGUGCUCAUUUCAAUGCUCAUCUUUCUGAUUCUGGCCAAUAUCGUUGGGCUCACGACGGGGAUCAAGAAGCAGUACAUUGCACUCGGAGAGGACGCGGUCGACCUCAGAGAUUUAUACACACCGUUCGAGCUUCAGUGUCGCAUGAUAACCCUGGUGUUUUUUGUGUUAGCAAUCGUAUUGCUGCUAAUCGCUUUGAUUUUAGUGAUGAUGAUCGCUCUUGCUAUCCAUAACUAUCCCGAUUUUACCCAAGAGCCCAGCAAAAUAUCGCUGCCAUAG